AUGGCUAUCUUUUUCUGGUCUUCGUCAACUCAAGGUGUUCAAAAUUCAUGCUUCAUUCUCUUAGUCUGUUCUUCUUUACUCUUCUUGCCCUUGUCUAAAUCAGUCUACUUCGAGUUCACUGAGUUUCCUGACGACCAAACUAGUGUACUAUGUUCAGGUGAUGCCAAAACUUCUCGUGGAAACAUCCAGUUCAACAAAGUCAAUAAUAGCCUCUAUCGUGUUGGCCAUGUGAAAUACCCAAAUGCAGUCCAGAUAUGGGACAGCAAAUCCGAGAAGCUCACAGAUUUCAUCACUCACUUCACUUUCAUCAUUGAGACACAACCUCCAAAAGAUUCUGGCCAUGGGUUCACUUUCUUUCUUGCCCCAGUUGGCUUCGAAAUCCCACCUAACUCAGGUGCUGGCUAUUUAGGCCUGUUCAACUCAAGUUACCCUAACUCCUCGUUAAACAAAAUACUUUUCGUUGAGUUUGAUUCCUACCCAGACAGAUGGGAUCCUCCAUUCGAACAUGUGGGUAUCAACAAGAACUGGCUUGGUUCUGUUGCUUUCAGUCCUUGGAAUUCCAGUUUGCACAGCGGGGAUCCUGCUGAUGCUUGGGUUUCUCACAAUGCUACCACACAGAUGCUGAGUCUCUCUUGGCGCAAUGGGAAGUUCAUAUCAACCUUGAAUACGAGUCUUUUCAUAUCAAGUUGA